GAUGGCGGUAGAGGGACCUCUGCAGGGCGCACUCAGGAAGCCGGGGUAGUCACUACAGUCCCAGGACACGAACCAAACCUCCCUGGGGCAGGGAUGUGUCCUCUGGACAGGCUUCCCUUCUUUUGUAUUUUCUUGGAAGGUUUUGGGUUGGUUUGGGGGUUUUGGUCCAGGAGGGCCCUUAUUUUCCCCUGGAAGCAGCACAGCGGGGCAGCCUUCUGUACUGGGGCCAUCAGACCUGGCUUCAGCUUCCUGAGACCUUACCUGUGUAUUCCUGGUAAGUCACCUCACCUGAACAAAUUGAUACACUCUCAUUACCUGGUGAUUAAAUAAGAGGUGAUAACACUGUCCCAGGGCGAGGCAUGGGGCUGAUACUCAAAAAUUACCUCCUCACUCUUAGGAAACCGGCACCGUCUUCAUGGGGCUCAGGUGAACGUGACAGAUUUUUGUUAGCACUGAGUUCUGGUUCUGGUUUGGUGGGCCCAAACCCUCUUCACACUGGGGUGACUGUGAAUCUUCCAGAAUCCUAAUGGGAGAGUGUAACCUUGAGGGAGACAGUAUAGCUAAGUGGUUAAGAGCUUGCGUUGUGGAUUCAGACCUUCUGGGUUCAUAGUAAUUCCCAGAGAAUUACUUAACCCCUCUGAGCCUCAGUUUCCUCAUCUAUAAAGUGGGGAUAAUGAUGGGAGGUACUGCCAGGGGUUGCUGUGAAGAUUAAAUAAGAUGGUCUAUGUAACACACUGGACGAAGUGCCCAGGAAAGUGUCAUUCUUACUGUUGUUCAUGUUACCCACAAAUGUUCGGGCACUCUUCUGCGGGUUGGGGACACACAGGGACAAGAUUGGAUCGUGUUCUUGUUCUUAUGGGCUGUGGGAGAGAGAGGAACACAGAAACCAAGGCAUAAACAAGAAUACUGAGAUGGUGAGCAGAGACCCUCAGAGUGGGGAGCAGGGGGCUCCCCGAGGUCUGGGGGGAGAGAGUUCCAGAAAGUGCAGUGCUCUGGGGCAGCAGGGAGCCUGUGUCUCCAGGACCAGCUGGGAGUCCAGAGGACUGAAGCAUGGGAGUAAGAUCCGACGGUGGGGAGCCCCAUCCCACCACACCCCAUUACAGGUAGACAUCGAGAUCAAUGGGGAGCCAGUGGACUUGCACAUGAAGCUGGGGGACAGCGGGGAGGCCUUCUUCAUCCAGGAGCUGGAGAGCGAUGUGGAAGACAUGCCUCCCCACCUGUGCACAUCACCCAUCCCUUGGGGGGGCCUGUCUGGGUUCCCUUCGGACUCCCACCUGGGCACAGCCAGAGAGCCUGAGGCCAGCAUCGCGGGCACAGCCUCCACGGGGUGGAAGAAGAAGCGUCACAGGAGGAAACCCAGGCAGAAGGAGGACACGGUGGCAGCCGAUUCUAGUUCGGAGGAGCUGGAGGCAGGCACUGGGAGUGAGCGAUCCCUGCUGGAAAAGCCGAGGCCGGAGCCCCCGGGCAGUGUCCAGCCAGAAGGAGAGGCCUCACCGCAGCCGAAAGACAUCUACCCCUACUCCGAUGGGGAGCGGCCCCCCCAGGCCAGCCUCUCAACGGGUGGGCUAACAUCCCCCAAGAGUGACUCGGAGCUGGAGCUGCGGACCCCCGAACCCAUCCCCCUGAGAGCUGAGUCCCACAUGCAGUGGGCCUGGGGGAGGCUGCCUAAGGUGGGCAAAGCUGAGUGGCCCGCGUCCUCAGUGGUCCCUGAUGGCAGCUCCAAGACAGCCUCUCCACCUCAGGGGGCGCCCAGCACCCCCUCUGCCUCUGUGGUUGGCGUGGACCCUUCGGGAAUUCCAAUCCUGCAAACAGGGCCUGGCACCCACCUUCUUCACGCUGACACGGAGGUGCCUGCUCUGGUGGGUCCCCCUCUCCAGCCCCCUGAGAGAGAGGAAACCAAGACUCAGAGUUCCGGGGAUGUGGGCCUCCCUCCUCCCUCUGAGUCGUGGAGCUGGGCUGCUUUGGAGGCCCCCGCUUGCCCAGGGCAGCCGGAGGGGAUCUCCAGGAGGAAAGGCUCCCUGAAGAGAAGCCAGCACCUGGGCCCCAGUGAAAUCUACCUGGAUGACUUGCCCUCCCUGGAUUCUGAGAACGCAGCCCUUUACUUCCCCCAGAGCGACUGUGGGCUGGGGGCCAGGAAGUGGAGUGAAGCCGGAAGCCAAAAGUCUCUGGGGGACUGCAACCCUGAGCGGGAGCCAGAGCCCACUCGGGACACAGCGGACACAGUAGUGCUGUCCCUCUCGGGGGGGCUGGCUGACAGCGGAGACAUCUCUGUGGAGAAGUUCAACCAGCACAUCGUCUCCUACCAGGACCUCGCCCAAAACCCCGGCCUCCUGGACGACCCGAACCUGGUGGUGAAGAUCAACGAGAAGCAUUAUAACUGGGCUGUAGCUGCCUCCAUGAUCCUCUCCCUGCAAGCUUUCCAGAAGAACUUGCCCAAGAGCACCGUGGACAAGCUGGAGAAGGAAAAGAUGCCCCGGAAGGGAGGGCGGUGGUGGUUUUCCUGGCGAUGCAGGGACUUUCCGGCCAAGGAGUGCAGAGCCCGGAGGGAGAAAACCACAGCGCGGCAGCAGCAGCUGGGGGAGAAGACGGAAGCCCCGAGCAGUGAGGACGAUGUCCCUGACAGCCCCAUCCUUCUGGAGGCCCCCUCCCCACCCCUCUCGCCUCCAGCCCACACUCCUACCUACAAGAAGUCCCUCCGCCUCUCCUCCAAUCAGAUUCGGCGCCUGAACCUGCAAGAAGGUGCCAACGAGGUGGUCUUCAGCGUGACCACCCAGUACCAGGGCACCUGCCGCUGUAGGGCCACCAUCUACCUGUGGAAAUGGGACGACAGGGUGAUCAUCUCAGACAUUGAUGGUACCAUCACCAAGUCGGAUGUCCUGGGCCACAUUCUGCCCCAGCUGGGGAAAGACUGGACACAUCAGGGCAUCACUAGUCUCUACCACAAAAUCCACCUAAAUGGGUACAAGUUCCUGUACUGCUCGGCACGGGCCAUCGGCAUGGCUGACCUCACCAAGGGGUACCUGCAGUGGGUGAGCGAGCGGGGCUGUGGCCUCCCUGAGGGCCCCAUCCUGCUGUCUCCCAGCAGCCUCUUCUCUGCCCUGCACAGGGAGGUGAUUGAGAAGAAGCCGGAGGUGUUCAAGAUUGCCUGCCUGAGUGACAUCCAGCAGCUCUUUCUGCCCCAGAAACAGCCCUUCUAUGCCGCCUUUGGGAACAGGCCCAAUGAUGUCACUGCCUACCGGCAGGUCGGCCUGCCUACAUCCCGCAUCUUCACAGUCAACCCCCGAGGAGAGCUCAGCCAGGAGUUCAUGAAGAAUCACAAGUCCACGUACGAACGGCUCGGUGAGGUGGCUGAACUCUUCUUCCCACCUGUGGCCCGUGGCCCCAGCACAGACUUGGCCAGCCCCGAUUACAGCAACUUCUGCUACUGGCGGGAGCCACUGGCCCCUGUGGACCUCGACACCUUGGCCUGAACGAGCCCUGGCUGCUCCCCAGGACUGUGUGUCCCAGGGCAUGGGGGUUGGAAGUUGGAUGCUGCAGGGCCAACCCACUGAAGGGGAGGAGGGGGCUGCGGGCUAGUUGUGGCCUCUCCUGUCCCCUGCCUUUGCCAGCUGAGCCGUGCUCCAGGCCUCAGCAUGGCCCUGCCCUGUAGCCAUUAAGUGACUGGGUCCUUGCAGCGUUCUCCAUACCCUUGAUAUCUGUCCCUGUCACCCUGGGACCCUGCCUCAACUCCUGAUAGGACAGAGACAAGAAGGAAGCCCCUAUGAGGUUUGAGACCUGUAAGCCCAGGAAAGGGUUGGUGGCAGCCAACAAUCAGGGAAGAAAUUUUCCCCCGACCCACUUUGGGGAGCCUGGACCAUACCCUCUGAAGCUAGACCCUACAUAGCCCUGGCCCCUUCCCAUAGCUCUGGAGCCAGACAUCACUGCUCUCCCACGCUGGUGCCCUGAUUAUCUCAGCACAUCCCAACCCCAGAUACUCUAGGGCCCCCCCAACAUCUGGGAAGGGGGGAUCCCAGGGCAGUGCCAGGGCUGAGGGGGUGUGGCUCCCACUUGGCCUAGUACAUACCCAGCUGCCAUCCCUGCCCCUCCUCACACCCCUGCUGAGGACACAGCCCCAAACCCUGCCAGGGCAGGUGCCUGGCCUCCCCCAGCCUUUGCCAGUCAUUUCACUGCCCGCACAGCUGCUGAGUGAGCUUCUGCCCAAGGAGCAGGGCUGACACCCCACUGCAGCCUUCCCGCCUACUGCCUUUGGGGAAGAAAAUUCCUUUAGACAGGCUAAAAGCUUUAAUCCAGGCCUGCCCUCCCCCAACGGCACCAAAGUGGGGGGCAGAACACCAAAUGUCAGGAACCCAGAAGGUGGGGCUGCAGGGACCUGCAAAACACCAUGGAAGGGCCUGAGCUGCUGUGGGGAAACUGAGGCUGGGAACCUCAGCAGGGAUGGGCCUCUGGGGCGUACGCAGGCCAGACGAACGCUUGUGUCCUCAUGUUUUCAUACCUGAAUUUCUCACCACCUUGUGAACAUCCGGGCAGGGCUGGGGUUUUCCAAGGAUGUUGGAAACUAGGCCUGGAGCCCUUUUCCUCCAGCUGUGGCCUCCUGCGCAGGGUCUGGCCUCAUUCAGGCCAUGAUGUGCAUGAGGGCCACCCUUUGGAGAGAGGCCCUAACCUGGGGUGGAGGGAGAUUCUCCUCCAAGUGGGAAGGAGAGGAUCACGUGGGGACCAGAGUACCCCAAAAACAUCUUUGGGGAGGGGAACGAAAAGGAUAAAUUACAGUGGGAGGCGUCUCCAAACAGAUCACUUGGACCCCAUCCUUUCCUCCGGGAAUCCGCGGCUGCCUAAGCCCUCACCUUGGGAGAGAAUCAAAAGGAAUAAAGAGAA